CCCCCUCCCUCCCCGCCCCCUCUGCCGCAAUUCGCGCCGCCCCAGAAUCUCGGCGGGUCGAGCAGAAAAGCUUUAGGUGGAGAACCCCCCCGGCCCCCCCCGGACUCCUCGGGUGGCACCUGCGCACACAGGUCCGGCCUAGAACUGCUGAAGCUGACACGAAGGAAAACUGGUUAUCAAAAGCUAAGGAGACUAUGGUGGAAAACUCACCGUCACCUUUGCCAGAAAGAGCCAUCUAUGGCUUCGUUCUUUUUUUAAGCUCCCAGUGCGGUUUCAUACUCUAUCUUGUAUGGGCAUUUAUUCCUGAGACUUGGUUAAACUCCAUCGGACUAACAUAUUGGCCUCAAAAGUACUGGGCAGUUGCUUUACCAGUCUACCUCCUUAUUACUUUAGUAAUUACUUACAUAUUGAUAUUUGGAAUUAACAUGGUGAAUACUUCUCCACUGGACUCUAUUCAUACAGUUACAGAUAACUAUGCCAAAAAUCAGCCACAGAAGAAAUUUCAAGAAAAAGCUGUUCCAGCCCUAAAGGACAUACCUAUUAGUGAAGUAAACCAAAUGUUCUUUAUUGCUGCCAGAGGACUUUAUACUAAAAGUUGAAUUAUACAGAGAACAUCUCGAUCCCAAACAUUGAUUUAAGAAUCUUUUUGAAUAGGAUUAUUUUGACUAUGACCUUCCAUUUCCCUCAGAUACCUUGUAUUAAUUGAGAAGGGAAACAGAUACAAGUUGAAUGAAUAGAGACCUGGCCUUGGAGCCAGGAAAACCUUGAUUCAAGUCUCACUUCUGAGAUACCAGUUGAAUGACCCUGGCCAAAUCACUUAACUUCUCAAUGCUCUGUUUAACUCUCUAAAACUCUGUGCCACAGAGAAGGUGCAAAGAGUUUCAUCUUCUGGGGGUACCCUGUGGCAAUUUAAUAAUGAGUCCAGUCCCUAAACCUAACUAUUAGAUUUUUCUGGGAAGGUAUUCCAAAUGUUUUGAAGAAUGGAUGAAAUAAAAUACUCUAUGUUAAACGUACCAGCAAAGAAGCUCUAAUUAACCUAAUUAAUGUUUAAUUAAAGCUGUAGUUAAUGAA